AAAAAAAGAUUAUAUUUCUUCUAAAUUCUUUAUGUUACAAGACAAAUUCUCUAUUCCUAUUGCCGAAGCUCUUGCAGGCGAAGGUCCUGUGCACCGCUCUAUUCUUUCACCCAACACACUUAUUACUACGCCUGCACAAGGUGUUGAAACUCUUUAUGACGUUCUUCAAUAUGCUUCAGUUCAGUUCCCUCAUCGCAACGCUUUUGGUUACCGAAAACUUCAAGAUACUAUUACUCAAACAAAACAAGUAACGAAAAUUGUCAAUGGAAAAGAAAAGAAAGAGGACAAGACAUGGACCUAUUUUGAGUUAAGUCCAUAUUACUACUACUCGUAUGCUCAGGUAGCAGAAAAGACAAAGGCCUUGGGUGCAGGUCUUGUUCAACUCGGUUUAAGAAAAGGGAGUAAAGUGCAAAUUUCAGCUUCAACAAGUGUUGAGUGGAUGUUGAUGGCACACGGCGCAUUUAGUCAAGCAAUGACCAUUGUCACAGCCUAUGAUACACUCGGGCCAGAAGGCCUUCAACAUUCAAUUACAGAAUCAGAAGCAAACCUCUGCUUUAUGAAUAGUGAUCAACUUUCGACUCUCUCCAAAAUCUUACCAGGCUGUCCUUCGAUUGAUUCAGUGAUCUAUAGAGGAGAGGCCACAUCCGAACAUUUGGAUGCUAUAAAAGCCUCUGGUCAAAUCAAGCACAUCAUGUCGUUUGAACAGCUUGAAGAGCUUGGUCAUCAACAUCCUAUCAGUCCAGUCAAACCUCAAUCUUCUGAACUGUGCUGUAUCAUGUACACAAGUGGAAGCACAGGUAAUCCUAAGGGAGUCAUGUUGACCCAUGGAAAUGUAGUAGG